GGCGUGUCUCAAACGGGUCUAGUAAGCGAGGAAUCACCUGAGCUCAUUACACCAGCAGCACACAGGUGUAAAAAUGGGCAAAGCAGUUGGUCGCUGGGACUUUGAAUGGGUCUAUAACGAGCAACCGCACACAUGGAGAAGAAAGGAAAUAUUAGCAAAGUAUCCUGAAAUCAAGUCUUUGAUGGGUCAUGACCCCCAGCUGAAGUGGGUGGUGUCGGGGAUGGUACUCACCCAGCUCCUGGCGUGUUACAUGGUUCACGAGCUCUCCUGGAAGUGGGUGUUGUUCUGGGCAUAUGCGUUCGGUGGCUGCAUCAACCACUCUUUGACCCUAGCCAUCCAUGACAUUUCACACAAUGUGGCCUUUGGCACCAAAAGGGCACGCUGGAACCGCUGGUUCGCCAUGUUCGCCAAUCUCCCGAUCGGCUUGCCUUAUUCAGCAGCCUUCAAGAAGUACCACAUCGACCACCAUCGUUAUCUCGGAGGAGAUGGAUUGGACGUAGAUAUUCCUACCGACCUUGAGGGCUGGUUCUUCUGCACCCCAGCCAGAAAGGUGCUGUGGCUCUUUCUCCAGCCUUUGUUCUAUGCGCUCCGUCCGUUGGUGGUGAACCCCAAACCCUUGACAAGGUUGGAAAUGCUCAAUGCAGUUGUACAAUUUGUGGUGGACAUUAUCAUCUACUAUUUUUGGGGUCUCAAGCCCAUAGUCUACCUUAUCGCUGGGUCUAUACUGUGUAUGGGCCUGCAUCCCAUCUCUGGACACUUCAUUGCUGAGCAUUACAUGUUUACGAAAGGUCAUGAAACCUACUCUUAUUACGGCCCUCUCAACUUGAUCACCUUCAAUGUGGGAUACCAUAUGGAGCACCAUGACUUCCCCAGCAUUCCUGGCAGCAAAUUACCCGAGGUCAAGAGGAUUGCAGCGGAGUAUUACGACUCACUCCCUCAACACACUUCCUGGAUGCGAGUGCUCUGGGACUUUGUGUUUGAUGACACCGUCGGCCCAUACUCCAGAAUCAAGAGACAAUACAAACUUGGCAAAAAGGAAUGAAUUGGGUUUUAGAGUACUGAUCUAACUUCACAUACUACAAGGUAUUUACACACAUCUGUGAGGCACUAAAAGGGAACAAACCCCAAACACGAACCUGUGUACCCUUUUCAUUCUGUCACAGCAUUUCAUCAUAUAGAUCCAUCUGUACAAUGUUUGAACAAUAUCUGUACGUUCCCUGCGACCGUGUCACAUGAUUUGUGAUUUACUGUUCGGGUGUAUCAAAGCCCAGCUCAUUUUUCUCAAUCUUUCUGCACACCCAUUCCAAACUAAAACAUGUUUUUACGGCAUCCAUGUUCACUUUCAAUGCAGUUAUUUGUUUAUUAUUGCCAUCGUCAGUUUCUCAACCAAAUCUAACUGCUGAGAUGCCAGUUAAGAUGUACCUGAGAAAAGAAGUGCUGGGAUGGAACUUAAAUGCCUGAGAGGCCUUUUUGAAAACAGAAUAUUUAAAUAGUUUUGUGCGAUAUUGUGUAAACUUGAAGUCUUUAGAUGUUUUGUCGUUUGCACUGUUUAACUCUGAGCUCCAUUGUGAUAAAGCUGUUGUGGAAUAUAUUUGUUCGGCACAAUGUACUCAAUAAACUUUCCAAUCUUA